AUGUCAUAUCAAUUUGUUCAUUUUAAUCCACUGAAAACUCCAUUAUCUGCAGAUGAAUCACUCUCUUCAGUUCCAGGAUCACUGGUGUCAGAUGUGCAAAGUCUCUCAUCAUCUGAUUCUUCAGGCUUGCCAUCAUCUGAAGGUGAUAGCCAUGUGUGUGACAAACAUAAGAAGAAUGGUAAAGAUAAGAUAUACAGUGUCAAAACUGGUAUGACAGGCCUGCAAUAUCACCUCAUCAAGGAUCACUUGCAGCUCUGGGUUUCUGCAUGUGACAAAAUGGGAGUAUUGGUCAAAGGAGCUGGGAUUAAAGCUGCUGAAAGGUUCCACUGUCAGAAUGGUACUGCCAGACUCACAGAGGAACCAUUACCUGCUGAUUCUUUUGUCAUUCUGGAGUACUCCCAUGAUGCAUUUGUUGAUGCAAUCAUUGAAUGGAUAAUUGUGGAUGAUUAG